UCCUAAAGAUGUCUUCCAGUAAUGACCACAUUUUAGUAACAAGGUUGCAGAGAAAUGCCAACAACCUUCCUGGAAUGAACUCCAGCGACACGUAGACACUUACAGGAGAUGUGCUAAGUUUUCAUAACAUCACCUAUCGAGUGAAAGUGAAAAGUGGGUUUUUAGUCCAGAAAACAGUUGAGAAAGAAAUACUGUCAGAUAUCAAUGGGAUCAUGAAACCUGGCCUCAAUGCCAUUCUGGGACCCACAGGCGGAGGCAAGUCUUCGUUACUAGAUAUCUUAGCAGCAAGGAAAGAUCCGCGAGGAUUAUCUGGAGACGUUUUGAUAAACGGGGCAUCUCAACCUGCCAAUUUCAAAUGCAGUUCAGGUUAUGUGGUUCAAGAUGACAUUGUGAUGGGCACCCUGACAGUGAGAGAAAACUUGCAGUUCUCAGCAGCUCUUCGCCUUCCAACAACUAUGAGGAAUCAUGAAAAAAAUGACCGGAUUAACAUGAUCAUUAAAGAAUUGGGUCUGGACAAAGUAGCCAACUCUAAGGUUGGAACUCAGUUUAUCCGUGGUGUCUCUGGAGGAGAAAGAAAAAGGACAAGCAUCGGCAUGGAGCUGAUCACUGACCCUUCCAUCCUCUUCCUGGAUGAGCCCACAACUGGUUUGGACUCAAACACAGCAAAUGCUGUCCUUUUGCUCCUGAAAAGGAUGUCGAAACAGGGUCGAACAAUCAUCUUCUCCAUUCAUCAGCCUCGCUAUUCCAUCUUUAAGUUGUUUGACAGUCUCACCUUGUUGGCCUCCGGGAAACUUGUGUUCCAUGGGCCAGCACAAGAGGCCUUGCAGUACUUUGCAUCAGCAUGUUACCACUGUGAGACUUAUAAUAACCCUGCAGACUUCUUCCUUGAUGUCAUCAAUGGAGAUUCUUCUGCUGUCAUAUUAAAUAGGGAGGAAGAAGACCAUGGAGCAAACAAGACUGAAGAACCUUCCAGGAGAAAGAAGCCAAUAAUAGAGAACUUAGUUGAGUUUUAUGCCAACUCCUCCAUCUACAGAGAAACAAAAGCUGAAUUAGAUCAACUUCUGGGAGCUCAGAAAAAGAAAGUCUUGUGCAAUGCCAAUACCUUCAAAGAGCCUGUAUAUGCUACGUCCUUCUGUCAUCAGCUCAGAUGGAUUGCCAAGCAUUCAUUCAAAAACUUGCUGGGGAAUCCUCAAGCCUCUAUAGCUCAGGUAAUUGUCACAAUCAUACUGGCACUGGCUAUUAGUGCCAUUUACUUUGACCUGAAAAAUGAUCCUGCUGGCAUUCAGAAUAGAGUUGGUGUAUUAUAUUUCCUGGCUGCUGACCAGUGUGUUACCAGUAUGUCAUCUGUGCAGCUCUUUGUAGUGGAGAAGAAACUCUUCAUGCAUGAGUAUAUCAGUGGAUAUUACAGAGUAUCUUCUUACUUCUUUGGAAAGCUGAUAUCUGAUUUAAAGCUGAUAUCUGAUUUAUUACCCAUGAGGAUGUUGCCAAGUGUUAUAUACACUUGUAUAGUAUACUUCAUGUUAGGAUUGAAAAAGAAGGUGGAGGCCUUUUUCAUCAUGAUGUUCACCCUUAUAAUGGUGGCUUAUACGGCCAGUUCCAUGGCCCUGGCCAUAGCAGCAGGCCAAAGUGUGGUCUCUGUAGCCACACUUCUCAUGACAAACUCAUUUAUAGUUAUGAUGGUGAGUAUAGACAUUGAUCCACUGGGAAGAUGCUUCUUACCUUGUUUUCUCUGUAUGUAUUCAUGGGUUGCAGAAACCUGCUUUGAGGAAUCCUUACAUUGGGACUCUGAAACUUUCAGAAACCAGAUGCUGAAAUAGAGUGACUAUCAAGAGAAAGUUAGGACUUUUCCUCCUGACUCCUAUCGAGUCUCUUGUAUUGUUACUUAAUGUUGAUAUAGCUUUGCUGACAUGUCCUUAGUAAUAAGCUUUUUAAAGAUGAUUUUUGUCCAAGUAUGUGGUGUACAUCUGUAAUCUUGGCCCUCAGGCAUGUGGCUGGUCAUUCAAGCCAAGCCUUAGCAUUUACAGUGAGACCCUGUCUCAAGGUUGCUGCCAUUGAAACCAAUGCACCCUUUGUCCUUCUUAAUAGUCAGUGAACUCUGCUAUCAUGGAAAGAAAAAAGGUCACAGAAAUGGAAAAGUUAUUUCUUUCUGAUUGCAGACAGCCUUGAUAAACAGAACUUUGAAAAUAAAAAUCAUCCUUGACUUCUUCAUAAAAAUGGCAGCAUAUCAUGCAUGCAGUCCAUUGUUUAAUAACCAGAAAUGGUUUUGUUGAAAGUGAAGCUCAUAAAAAGUAUAACAGUGUGUACCAAGGAGCCUAUCUUGAGUCUGUUUUAUAUUUUGAAAAUUGCUUUAAAAAUAGGAAGUAUAAAUAUAGACUACAUAAAUUUAAAUAUUCAAAUAUUUAUUUAUUUAUAGAAAGCCAGCAUGUUCAAUAUGUUCAUAAUCUCAGCCCAAGGAAGACAGAUCUUACAAGAAGGGGGAUCAAUAGUGUAAGGUCAUCAUUAGCUACAUAAUAAGUCUGAUGUCAGCCUGGGCUACCUGAGACCAUGUCUUUAAAAAGAAGAUGCUAGAGUAGGUCCCAGGUUACCGCUGGCUCCCCACAUUCCACCCAUUUGUCUGGCCCUUGCCUGCCCAUCACCACCACCACCAUGGGAACACGGGAGGUCAGAACCCCAGAUACGGCCUCUGGGAGUGACGGGUUUAACGGAGACUGCAGAGAUGUUAGAGCUGACUGAACUAGUGCAGUCAGGGUAACUGACAGGGUCCUGACAUCACCCGGGACUGGAUCCUGGUAUCCUGUGAUUUUACAAGAUGUUGUUGAAGCGAAACAGUUUCAGUUAAGAAUUGUCUUUGGUGGGGCCGGACAACUCUCCUUCUGAGUAGCAGCACAGCAGGAUCGGCACAGUGACCAGCAACCAGAACUCGCGGCCAUAAAACACAAGUGAUUAUGUUUCCCAGGUGAGAGGAUACCCCACGGUGGGGGAUUCAGUCAGCUUUUAACUCACCUGGCUAAACCUCAGAAGAGAUCCCGGUUCCACCAGACGCUUAGUCGCCAGCCCAGAGCCACACGCCAGCGGGCUCUGGUCAAUGUCCCAGACUGAACUGUGGGCACCACGACAUCAGAGACUGGAAUUUCCAAUUGAGAGAUAACCCCACGGUGCAGGAAACAAUUGGGACCGACCUUAGGUCACCCAGACAUCCCCUGGAAAAGACUCAGGUUCCGCAGGCACCCCAGGAGCCAGCCAGGAGCCAGAGCCAGGGACCCAGGCGCCUGCGCAGAACCCUGCCUGCCUGCACGCCUGAUUCACCACCUCAGAUAGAACUGUGGGCCGCAGGGUACCAGAAACUGAGUUUCACUGUUGGGUACAAACCCACAGGGAGGGAAACGACUGGUCUGAUCUCAGAGCACUCAGCUGAUACCGCCACCCCAAAAAGGUCUCAGGAAAAAUUACCCAGUUUUGGCAGAUGCCCAGGCUCCCAAAGGCCAGAAAGGCAGAGCCACACACGUCUGUGCCUAUGGGUUCUACUCGCCAUCCCAGACAGAAUGGUGGUCCCCAAAGCAAAGACUGGGUGUCCCUAUCAGGAGGAAACCCCACAGUGGGGAAUCAUCAGGUUUAACGCUCAGGAUACUCAGCACCAAAAGACUUUCUGGAUUCACACAGACUCUAGGCUCUAGCCUUCUACUGCAGGCAGGAGCGAUGUUCUCACCCGUCAUUAUUGAGUACUGCUAGGGCACUGAGGAACAUAGCUGCAUCCUCAGACCUACAAAAGCCAGAGAGCCAUUACAGCAGCCCUCAGAUACUGCGCCAAGUAUUAACCAGUUAUCCCUAGCUAGACUGACAAAACUGUGGGAAUCCCUGGUCCUUCAAGAGGGCUGCACCCAAGAAUUACACCUUAAGAGCAACAGCUGCUGCUCACUAAAUUCAGAGCAAGAAACCCAGCAGCAGGACAGCCAUCACCAGGACCUCUCCUGAUGAGAGGAGAGCCUUCCUGAAUACCACAGUUACCAUACAGGUCCAUACACCUGAAGUGAACUGUGACAAUUCCUGAGAAGCAUCCCUAUUCAGAUGACCAUACCCAAAAAGCAGAGGAGAGCUUCAGAACCCCGCAAAGUGGAUUCUCUCCACCCCAGGACUCAGCAGGCACCACAAAUUAACAGACAACACCUGAGACAGAGAGAUGGGUAGAGGCCAGCGAAAAAGCACAACCAACAAAAGGCAAAACAACAUGGCAUCCCCAGAACCCAGUUAUCCAGGGGCAAGUAACCCUGGACACCCUAACAUAAGUGAAAUUUAAGAAGAUGACCUUACAUCUAUGUUAAUGAAGAGGGUAAUGGAGGAAGUAAAUAAAAUGUGUAAAGAAUUAGGGGAAUAUAUAAUAAAACAGAUUAUGGUCAUGCGUAAAGAAAUACAGGAAGAUGCAGCCAAACAGUCUGUGUCACUGAAAGAAAUAAAAGAAACAGAGGAACAUUCAAACAAACAGCUGAAGGAAUUAAAGGAAAAACAGGAAAAUACAGUCAGACACAUGAAGGGAAUCAACAAAACGGUUCAAGAUCUGAGGAUAGAAUUGGAAGAAUUAAAGAAAACACAAAGGGAGGAAAUCACGGAGAGGGAGAACCUAGGAAAGAAAACAGGAACUAUAGAGGUAAGCAUAACCAACAGACUACAAGAAAUGGAAGAAAGAAUUUCAGGUGUGGAAGAACAAUGUAAGAAAUCGAUGUAUCCAUCAAAAAAAAAUAAAUCUAAAAAAUUCCUGACACAAACCAUCCAAGAUAUCCAAGACAACAUAAAAACACAAAACCUAAGAAUAAUAGGAAUAGAGGAAAAAGAAGAUUCCCUCCUCCAAGGCCCAGAAAAUAUUAACAACAAAAUCAUUGAAGAAAAUUUCCCAAACAUAAAGGGGAAGCCUAUAAGAAUACAAGACGCCUACAGAACACCUAAUAAAUUAGACCAGAAAAGAAAAUCUUCCUAUCACAAAAUAAUCAAAACAGUAAGUAUACAGAACAAGAACAACAACAACAACAACAACAACAAAAAUACUAAAAGCUGCAAGGGAAAAAGGCCAAGUAACGUAUAAUGGCAAAACCAUCAGAAUCACACCUGACUUCUCAACAGAAACUAUGAAAGCUAGAAGGGCCUGGACGGAUAGCAUGCAGACCCUAAGAGAACACAGAUGUCAGCCUCAGCCUAGGCUACUGUACCCAGCAAAAACUCAGUCCUCAUAGACAGUGAAAACAAGAUAUUCAAUGACAAAAACAAAUUUCAACAAUACCUACACACAAAUUCAGUGUUACAGAAGAUACUACAAGGCAAAAUACAACCCAAGAAAACUAACUACUUUCAAGAAAUCAUAGAAAAUGAAUAACCUCACUAUAGCAAAACAAAAGUAGCCAAACACACAAACACACUACCAUGGCCAACAUCAAUAUCAAAGAAUCUGACAGCCACUGGUCAUUAAUCUCCCUCAACAUCAAUGGACUCAAUUCUCCAAUAAAAAGACACAGACUAACAGAAUGGAUGUGUAAACAAGACCCAACAAUCUGUUGCAUACAAGAAACACACUUAAAUCACAAAGAUAGACAUUACCUGAGAGUAAAGGGAUGGAAGAUGGUUUUCCAAGCAAAUGGACCCAAGAAGCAAGCAGGAGUAGCCAUCCUAAUAUCUAAUAAAGUAGAUUUUUAACCAAAAUCAAUCAAAAGAGAUAGAGAAGGACACUUCAUACUCAUCAAGGGAAAAUUCCACCAGGAAGAUAUCACAAUCCUGAACAUCUAUGCCCCAAAUGCAAGGGCACCCACAUUUCUAAGAGAAACUUUAAUAAAACUUAAACCACACAUAGAUCCCCACACCUUAAUAGUGGGAGACUUCAACACCUCACUCUCAACAAAGGACAGGACAACAAAACAGAAAUUAAACAAAGAAACAAUAACUCUGACAGAGGUCAUGAAUCAAAUGGACCUCACAGACAUCUACAGAACCUUUCACCCAAACUCAAAAGAAUUUACCUUCUUCUCAGCACCUCAUGGAACCUUCUUCAAAAUAGACCAUAUAGUUGGUCACAAAGCAAGCCUAAACAGAUACAAGAAGAUUGAAAUAAUCCCUUGUAAACUAUCUGAUCACCAUGGACUAAAACUGGAACUCAAUGACAAAAAUAGCAAAAGGCCUACACACAAGUGGAAACUGAAUAACUUGCUUCUAAAUGACAGCUGGGUCAGAGAAGAAAUAAAGAAAGAAAUUAAAGACUUCCUAGAAUUCAAUGAAAAUGAAGGCACAAUAUACCCAAACUUAUGGGACACAAUGAAGGCAGUGCUAAGCGGAAAGUUCAUAGCACUAAGUGCCUUCCAAAAAGAAAUUCAAAACAUCUCAUGCAAGCAACCUAAUGGCUCACUUAAGAGCCCUAGAAAAAAAGAAGCAGACACACCAAAGAGGAAUAGAAGGCUGGAAAUAAUCAAACUCAGAACUUAAAUCAAUAAAUUAGAAACAAAUAAAACAAUUCAAAGAAUCAAUGAGACCAAGAGCUGGUUCUUUGAGAAAAUCAACAAGAUAGACAAACCCUUAGCCAAGCUAACUAAAAGGCAGGGAGAAACUAUCCAAAUCAAGAAAAUCCGAAAUGAAAAGGGGGACAUAACCACAGACACUGAAGAAAUCCAAACUAUCAUUAGGUCUUACUUCCAAAGUCUAUGUGCCACAAAAUUUUAAAAUCUAAAUGAAAUGGACAAUUUUCUUGACCGAUUCUACAUGCCAAAGCUGAAUCAAGAAUAGGUAAACCAAUUAAAUAGUCCUAUAUCCCCUAAGGAAAUGGAAGCUGUCAUCAAAAGUCUACCAUGCAAAAAAAGCCCAGGGCCAGAUGGUUUCAGCGCUGAAUUCUACCAGACCUUCAAAGAAGAGCUAACACCAAUACUCUUCAAACUAUUCCACAAGAUAGAAACAGAAGGAACACUACCAAACUCAUUCUAUGAAGCCACAGUCACCUUGGUAUCUAAACCUCACAAAGACCCAACAAAUAAAGAGAAUUUCAGGCCAAUCUCCCUCAUGAACAUUGAUGCAAAAAUACUCAACAAAAUACUUGCAAACCGAAUUCAAGAACACAUCAAAGACAUCAUCCAGUACGACCAAGUAGGCUUCAUCCCAGGCAUGCAGGGGUGGUUCUAUAUACGGAAAUCCAUCAAUGUGAUCCACCACAUAAACAAACUGAAUGAGAAAAACCACAUGAUACUCUCCCUAGAUGCUGAAAAGGCAUUUGACAAAAUCCAACAUCCAUUCAUGUUUAAAGUAUUGGAGAGAUCAGGGAUACAAGGCGCAUACCUGAACAUAGUAAAGGCAAUAUACAGCAAGCCUAUAGCCAACAUAAACUCAAUGGAGAGAAACUUAAAUCAUUCCCACUGAAAUCAGGGACAAGGCAAGGCUGUCCACUCUCUCCAUAUCUCUUCAACAUUGUUCUUGAAGUCCUAGCUAGAGCAAUAAGACAAUUGAGGAGAUCAAGGGGAUACAAAUUGGAAAGCAAGACGUCAAAGUAUCACUAUUUGCAGAUGAUAUGAUAGUAUACCUGAGUGACCCCCAAAACUCUACCAGGGAACUCUUACAGCUGAUUAACACCUUCAGCAAAGUGGCUGGAUACAAAAUUAACUAAAAAAAAAAAAAAAAAACAGUACCCUUCUUGUAAACAAAGGACAAAAGGGCCGAGAAAGAAAUUAGGGAAACAACACCCUUCACAAUAGCCACAAAGGACAUAAAGUACCUUGGUGUGACCCUAACCAAGCAAGUCAAAGACUCAUAUGAAAAAAAUUUCAUGUCUCUGAAGAAAGAAUUAGAAGAAGAUAUCAGAAGAUGGAAAGAUCUCCCAUGCUCAUGGCUUGGCAGGAUUAACAUAGUAAAAAUGGCCAUCUUACCAAAAGCAAUCUACAGAUUCAAUGCAUUUCCCAUCAAAUUACCAACACAAUUCUUUACAGACCUUGAAAGAAAAAUUCUCACCUUCAUAUGGAACAACAAGAAACCCAGAAUUGCUAAAACAGUUCUCUACAGUAAAAGAUCUUCAGGAGGUAUCUCCAUCUGUGAUCUCAAGCUGUGCUAUAGAGCAACAAUACUAAAAACUGCAUGGUACUGGCAUAGAAACAGACUGGUGGAUCAAUGGAAUCGAAUAGAAGACCCUGACAUAAAUCCACACACCUACGGACACCUGAUUUUUGACAAAGAUUCCAAAACCAUUCAAUGGAAAAAAGACAGCAUCUUCAACCAAUGGUCCUGGUCUAACUGGAAGUCUACAUGUAGAAAAAUGAAAAUAGAUCCAUACUUAUCACCCUGCACAAAACUAAAGUCCAAGUGGACCAAAGACCUCAACAUAAAACUAGACACACUAAACUGCUUAGAAGAAAAAGUGGGGAACACCCUUGAACUCAUUGGCACAGGAGACAACUUCCUGAACAGAACACCAACAGCACAGGCUCUAAGAGCAACAAUCAAUAAAUGGGACCUCAUGAAACUGAAAAGCUUAUGGAAAGCAAAGGAUACUGUCCUCAGAACAAAAGGGCAGUCUACAGAUUGGGAAAAGAUCUUCACCAACCCUAUAUCUGACAGAGGGCUAAUAUCCAGUAUAUAUAAAGAACUAAAGAAGUUAAAUAGCAAAAAAUCAAGUUUUUGAAAAAACUUUAAAAAAUUAAAAAAUGGGGUACAGAGCUAAACAGAAUUCUCUGCAGAGGAAUAUCGAAUGGCAGAGAAACACUUAAAGAAAUGCUCAACCUCAUUAGCCAUCAGGGAAAUUCAAAUUAAAACAACACUAAGAUUUCACCUUACACCCAUCAGAAUGGCUAAGAUGAAAAACUCAAGAGACAACACAUGCUGGAGAGGUUGUGGAGAAAGGGGAACCCUCCUCCACUGCUGGUGGGAAUGUAAACUUCUACAACCACUCUGGAAUGCAAUCUGGCACUUUCUCAGACAACUAGGAAUAGUGCUUCCUCAAGAUCCAGCUAUACCACUCCUAGGCAUAUAUCCAAAAGAUUCUCAGGUACACAAUAAGGACAUUUUCUCAACCAUCUUUGUAACAGCCUUAUUUGUAAUAGCCAGAAGCUGGAAACAGCCCAGAUGCCCUUCAGUGGAAGAAUGGAUGCACAAAUUGUGGUAUAUCUACACAAUGGAAUAUUACUCAGCAAUAAAAAACAAGGAAAUCAUGAAAUUUGCAGGUAAAUGGUGGGAUCUGGAAAAGAUCAUCCUGAGUGAGCUAUCCUGGAAGCAGAGGGAUGCACACAGUAUAUACUCACUCAUAUAGACAUAUAAAAUACGAUAAACCUACUAAAAUCUGUAUACCUAAAGAAAAUAAUCAAGAGGAAGGACUCUUGCUAAAAUGCUCAAUUCUUAUCCAGAAAGGCAAAGAGGCUGGACAUCAGAAGAAGGAGAAAAGAGGGAACAAGUCAAGAUCCUGACACAUAGAACCUCUGAAAAGCUCUGCCCUGCAGACUAUCAAUGUAGAUACUGAGACUUAUGGGCAACUUUUGGGCAGAAUGCAGGGAAUCUUAGGAAAGAAGUGGGAAACAGUAAGAUCUGGAGAGGACAGGAACUCCAUAAGGAGAGUAACAGAACCGAAAAAUCUGAUCACAGGGGUCUUUCCUGAGACUGCUAUUCCAACCAAGGACUAUGCAUGGAGAUAACCUAAGACCCCUGCACAGAUGUAGCCCAUGGCAGUUCAAUAUCCAAGUGGGUUCCAUUGUGAUAGGAACCGGGACUGUCUCUGACAUGAACUGAUUGGCCUGCUCUUUAAUUACCUCCCCCUUAAGGGGAAGCAGCAUUAUCACGCCACAGAAGAGGAUAAGGCAGCCACUCCUGAUGAGACCUAAUUGAGUAGGAUCAGAAGGAAGGAAAAGAAGACCUCCCCUAUCAGUGGACUUGGGAAGGGGCAUGCAGGCAGAGGGUGGAGGAAGGGAGCGAUUGGGACGGGAGGAGGGAGGGAACCACCGGGGAGAUACAAAGUGAGUAAAGUAAUAAAGAAAAAUAAAAUUUAAAAAAUUUUAAAAAGUGGGGGAAAAAAAGAAGAUGCUAGAAAGCUGGAAAUUCACCUAUCUUCUUGCUAGGUUUCUGACUGACAGUGUUUUCCAUCAGUAUAUGACUGUUUAUUUCACAGUAUUUGUUUAAUAUUUCCUUAUUUCUAAUCUUGAUCAAUUUUGUACUCAAGUGAUAAAUCAAUAGGACCUGUUCUCAUAUAUAUAUACAUUUUUUUAAUUUUUUUUUUUUUUUUUUUAGCUAGCAUAUCAACACAGUCUUCUUACCAGAACAGGCUGUCUCUCAAGGAGACGCCAUUAGCUGAUGCCUUGCUAAAGUUUAGUUCUUUCAUUUUGGAUUUUGAAACUAACAGUGUGCAUAUUAUUUAGAAAAUUUUAAUCUUUGUUUACAUUCUCAUUCAAUAAAUAUAGUAUCUUUAAACAAGUAAAACAUAUGUUUUAAUUCCUGUUUGGUCUGAUUGCUAUGUAAAUGUUUAUAACCAGGACUUUAAAGCGAUCCAUCAAACUGUAUUUCACUCAGAGAUGGUUUGUCAUAUAAUCAGUGUUUGGUUAGCACAGUUCUGAACAUACACACGCAUCCCAACAGCACUGUCAUUGUCUUGCAUGUCCCUGUUCCCUUGGUAUGAUAGAACACAUAUCAUGAGGCCCUCAUUGUGCUUAGUUUUCUUCUCCAACAGUCAUUUCCUGCCUUCUGCAUUGUGAUUCUGCUUUGGGGUCAGUCUUCUUUUUCCUUUAGGAUGUCUUUUUUAUUUUAUUUUAAUUUUUAUUAUUAGUUACAUUUUAUUAACACUGUAUCCCUCUCACUCAUUCCCUCCCAAAUCCACCCUCCUCCCUCAUCUCCUUCCUGCCCCUUUCCAAGUCCACUGAUUGGUGAGGACCUCCUCUCCUUUCAUCUGACCCUGUUUUAUCAGGUAUCUUCAGGACUGCCUGAAAACUCCUCCUCUGUGGCCUAGCAGGACUGCUCCUGCCGUGGGUGGUGGGGAGGUCAAAGAGCCUGCAAUUGAGUUCCUGUCAGAAAUAGUCCCUGUUCCCCUUACUAUGGGAAACCAACUGGUUACUGAGCUACCACAGGCUACAUCCCAGCAGAGGUUGUAGGUUAUAUCCAUACAUGGUCCUUGGUGGAGUGUCAGUCUCAGAAAAGACCCCUGUGCCCAGAUAUAUUUGAUCCUUAUGGAGCUCCUAUUCUUUCCAUGUCAUACUAACUCCCCCUUCUUUUCAGAUGAUUCCCUGCACUCUGCCAAAGGUUUGGUUAUGAGUCUUAGUAUCUGCUUUGAUACACUGCUAGGUAGAGUCUUUCAGAGGCCCUCUGUGGUAGGCUCCUGUCCUGUCACUUGUUUUCUCCUAUGUCCAAUGCACAUCCCAUUUGUCUUUCUAAGUGAGAAUUGAUCAUCUUAACCUGGGUCUUCUUUCUUAUUUAUCUUCUUUAGGUGUAUAGAUUUUAUUAUGUUUAACAUAUCUUAUAGGUCUAUAUAAGUGAGUAUAUACCAUGUGUGUCUUUCUCGUUCUGGGAUACCUCAUUCAGAAUGAUCUUUUCUAGAUCCCACCAUUUGCCUGCAAAUUUCAUGAUUUCCUCGUUUUUGAUUGCUGAGUAGUAUUCCAUUGUGUAAAAAUACCACAAUUUCUGUAUCUAUUCUUCCGUUGAUAGACAUCUGGGUUGUUUCCAGGUUCUGCCUAUUACAAAUAAAGCUGCUACAAAGAUGGUUGAGCAAAUGUCCUUGUUGUGUACUUAAGGUAAUUUUGGGUAUAUACCUAAUAGCAGUAUAGCUGGGUCUUGAGGAAACACUAUUCCCAAUUGUCUGAGAAAGCACCAGAUUGAUUUCCAAAGUGGUUGUAUCACUUUACAUUCCCACAAGCAAUGGAGGAGGGUUCUCUUUUCUCCACAACCUCUCCAGCAUGUGUUUGAUUUGAGUUUUUUAUUUUAGACAUUCUGAUGGGUAUAAGGUGAAAUCUCAGGGUUGUUUUGAUUUUCAUCUCCCUGAUGACUAAGGAUGAUGAGUAUCUCUUUAAGUGCUUUUCUGCCAUUCUAUAUUCCUCUACAGAGAAGUCUCUCUUUAGCUCUGUUCCACAUUUUUUUAAUUGGAUUAUUUGUUUUAUUGCUUUUUAACUUCUUUAGUUCUUUAUAUAUACUAGACAUCAGCCCUCUGUCAAAUAUAGGGUUGGUGAAGAUCCUUUCCCAGUCUGUAGGCUGUUGUUUUGUUCUGACGACAGUGUCUUUUGCUUUACAGAAGCUUUUCAGUUUCAUGAGGUCCCAUUUAUUGAUUUUGCUCUUAGAGCCUGUGCUGUUGGUGUUCUGUUCAGGAAGUUGUCUCCUGUGCCAAUGAGUUCUAGGCUUUUCCCCACUUUUUCUUCUAAGUGGUUUAAUGUGUCUAGUUUUAUGUUGAGGUCUUUGAUCCACUUGGACUUUAGUUUUGUGCAGGGUGCUAAAUAUGGAUCUAUUUUCAUUUUUCUGCAUGUAGACAUCCAGUUGGACCAGCACCAUUUGUUGAAGAUGCUGUCUUUUUUCCAUUGAAUGGUUUUGGCUUCUUUGUAAAGAAUAAAGUAUUCAUAGGUGUGUGGAUUUAUUUCUAGGUCUUCUAUUUGGUUCUAGUAAUCCUCCUUUCUGUUUCUAUGCCAAUACCAUGCAGUUUUUAUUACUAUUGCUCUGUAGUACAGCUUAAGAUUGGGGAUGGAGAUACCUCCAGAUGACCUGUUGUUGUACAGGAUCGUUUUGGAGAUUCUGGGCUCUUUGUUUCUCCAUAUGAAGCUGAGAAUCUUUUUUUCAAGGUGCAUAAAGAAUUGAGUUGGUAUUUUGAUGGGAAUUGCAUUGACUCUGUAGAUUGCUUUUGGCAGGAUGGGCACUUUCACAAUGUUAAUACUACCAAUCCAUGAGCAGGGGAGAUUUUUCUAUCUUCUGAUAUCUUCUUCUAAUUCUUUCUUCAGGUACUUAAAGUUUUUUUCAAACAGGUCUUUCACUUGCUUGGUUAGUGUCACCGCACAGUACUUUAUGUUAUUAAUGGUUAUUGUGAAGGGUGUUUUUUCCCUGAUUACUUUCUCGGCCAUUUUGUCUUUUGUAUACAGGAGGGCUACUGGUUUUUGUUUUUUAUUUUUUUUAGUAAAUUUUGUAUCCAGCCACUUUGCUGAAGGUGUUAUCAGCUGUAGCAGUUCCCUGGUAGAAUUUUUAGGGUCACUCAGUGUCGGGAGCCGCAUUCGCCAUUACAAGAUGGCGCUGGCUUCCUGUUUCCUGGUUCUUGCCAGAACUCGCCUUGCAGCAGCGCAUGCGCCACAGGAUGCUAAUAUGGAUUUGAGUGCUCUCCCUAUCAGAGAACACAUGCUAAUUGGGUAUUGUGCGGAGCACCAAUUACAGACGAGCACGUAGCCCUGCGGGCUAUUUAAGCAGAGCACUCACAAGGCUUGAGGUCCUUCUCCAUCUACCUACAAGAGCCUUACAAUAAAGAUUCUGCUGGACAAAUCUUCGGUUGCCGCGUCUUCCUUAUCGGCGAAGGAUUGCGCGCGACAAGUGGUGCCGAAACCCGGGAAUCGCCGACCCCGGGCAGAGGAAUGACUCGAAGGACCCCCGACUGCUCGUCGGAGGAAGAUUCAAGCCAGCAGAGUGAAAAGCUGCAGCACUUUUCAGCAAGGUAUGAUUUCUGUGGUCUGGUGUAUUCCAACGGGCAUUGUCAGACCAUCAAGAUAGUCUAUCAGAAGCUGAAAAGGGAAAAAAGGCUAAGCAGGAAAGAAAGCCAAUAAAAAAGAAAGUAAAAGGUAAAGAUAAGCUAGCUGAACUUGAAAAAAGGGCAAAGCAACUUGCAAAGAAGGAAGAAGAGCUCGAACAGCGAGCAAAAAACUUAAAGCUGUUGCCUGCCUCUGAGAAAGGGGUAAGUAAAGGUGAGGAGGACCCUAAAUUGUAUCCUCUCCUCACUGAGUUUAAAAAUUAUACAAUAUCGUCCUCUUCCGAGGAGGAGACGUCCUCCGAAGGAGAGGAUCAGCAAGAGUCAUCUGACUCUGAGGAGGAAACAGGGCUUGAUCCUGAUGAACAAGCAGAAUUAGAUGAGGAAGCGGCCAAAUAUGCCUCCGCCUUAUGCGCCAGGGUAUGGUGCGACAGCGCCUCUGCUUGAGGAGAAGAGCCAGAGUAAAGAUAAAAGAAAGGUUAAGACUUCUAACUCGCUGAAAGGACCGGAUCCUAUUUUAAUAAGAUCCAGGGGAGCUGUCUGUGUUUUUCCACAGGAAGAAAACAAUCCAUUCUGGGUACCGGAGUGCCUCACGCGAAAGCUCGUGACAGCUGAAGAUGAUCUUUCAACAGACACACCUGCUACUGCUUAAAGAAUCAAGGACAGCAAGGAGGACCACUAAUUCUACUCGAGUGGAUUCAUUGCCCACAGACUGGCUUUACCCUGGGUUUCUUCUGCCUUUUCUUACUUCAGAUUGGGUGGGGGUGGGAAUGUAACCUUGGUAGCAGGACUGCUCCUCUGUUUUUGGUUGCUUCGCAAGUUCAAAAGACAACAACAUGCAAAGAAUGUGGCCAUAGUUCAGGCUAUGCUGGCUGUCGAACAGGGAACAUCCCCUCAAGUCUGGUUAAACAUGCUUAGCCGUUGAGACACUGGCAGAACUCAUGGCACUCCUGACGGGCACAGGUUCCCAUUGCACCGGGAUGCUGUUCUGAACAGACCUUUGCAUCUCCCAGGGCUCAGGUUCCCAUUGCACGGGGUUCAAGGUGCAAAGGGUCUCUUAUACUAUGUAACCUCCUUGAUCGCUUAUGCUGUUGAGUCAGUGAGCCGAUCAGAAAUCUCAUAGUAUUACAUUUUGGCUUGCCUUGUAAUUUUAAAGAAAGGGGGAGAUGUUGGGAGCCGCAUUCGCCAUUACAAGAUGGCGCUGGCUUCCUGUUUCCUGGUUCUUGCCAGAACUCGCCUUGCAGCAGCGCAUGCGCCACAGGAUGCUAAUAUGGAUUUGAGUGCUCUCCCUAUCAGAGAACACAUGCUAAUUGGGUAUUGUGCGGAGCACCAAUUACAGACGAGCACGUAGCCCUGCGGGCUAUUUAAGCAGAGCACUCACAAGGCUUGAGGUCCUUCUCCAUCUACCUACAAGAGCCUUACAAUAAAGAUUCUGCUGGACAAA